AUGGAGUCUGGGUCAAGCUCUUUUCGAGUGGAAUUUCCAGAUUUUUCUAGCACCAUUUUACAGAAGCUAAAUCAGCAGCGCCAACAAGGACAAUUAUGUGAUGUGUCCAUUGUAGUUCAGGGCCAUCUCUUCAGAGCCCAUAAAGCUGUUCUUGCAGCUAGUUCACCUUACUUCUGUGAUCAGGUUCUCUUAAAAAACAGCAGGCGAAUAGUCCUGCCUGAUGUGAUGAAUCCCAGAGUAUUUGAAAACAUUCUUCUGUCUACCUAUACAGGUCGGCUGGUAAUGCCUGCUCCAGAAAUUGUUAGUUAUUUGACAGCAGCAAGUUUCCUUCAGAUGUGGCAUGUAGUGGAUAAAUGCACAGAAGUGCUAGAGGGGAACCCAACAGUUCUGUGUCAGAAGAUGAACCAUGGCAGUGAUCAUCAGUCCCCGAGCAGUAGUAGUUACAACGGCCUCGUUGAAACCUUUGAACUUGGCUCUGGAGGACAGACAGAAUUCCACAAAGGGCAGGAACUAAGGGAUGGCGAAAAUGAAGAAGAGAGCUCUAAAGAUGAACUAUCAUGUCAACUGACUGAGCACGAGUAUCUUCCCAGUAAUUCUUCGACAGAGCAUGACAGGCUUAGUACUGGAAUGACGAGUCAGGAUGGUGAAGAAGGAACUAGUGAUAGUGCAGAGUACCAGUACACCAAACCUAUGUAUAGCAAACCCAGCAUCAUGUCUCACAAGCGGUGGAUCCAUGUGAAACCAGAAAGAUUUGAACAGGACUGUGAAGGUGUAGAUAAUCCUUAUGAUGAACACCAAGUUUCUGAAUCCAUGAAUGCCAUUCAGGCAGAUCAUUCUAUCCAGUCGUCAGGUGUUGAAGACUUUCAUAUAGGUGACAAAAAGAUGGAAGCGGAAUUUGAUGAACAGGCAGAUGAAAGUAAUUAUGAUGAACAAGUUGACUUCUAUGGCUCUUCUAUGGAAGAAUUUUCUGGUGAAAGGGCAGAUGGAAAUGUCAGUGCUCACAGACAGGAUCUUAUGAUAGCAGCAGGCUAUGGUGAAGGCAUUGAAAUGGCUACGGGAAUUAAAGAAGAAACGUCCCUCACUGGAUUCUCACAUGCUGAUAAGCUGUAUCCUUGUCAAUGCGGUAAAAGUUUUACACACAAAAGUCAGAGAGAUCGGCAUAUGAGUAUGCACCUUGGUCUGCGACCUUAUGGCUGUGGUGUCUGUGGUAAGAAAUUCAAAAUGAAACACCAUCUUGUAGGCCAUAUGAAAAUUCAUACAGGCAUAAAACCAUAUGAGUGUAACAUCUGUGGGAAGAGAUUUAUGUGGCGAGACAGUUUCCAUCGACACGUGACCUCUUGUACCAAGUCAUACCAAGCUUCUAAAGCUGAGCAGAAUACUACUGAGAUGAACUAAGACAUCAGUGCUUACAGUUGUUUAGUAGAGUAAGCAAAAUAAACUUA